AAGAAGAAAUGGAGGAGUUUGAGGAAGACGUUCAAAGUCCGGUUCUACAGCCAUCGGUGCCGAUUAAGCGGAAAGAGACCCUCAGUGUUGUUUUCAUUGGACAUGUUGAUGCUGGAAAGUCCACGAUUGGGGGACAUUUACUUCACCUAACUGGCAUGGUUGAUAAGCGGACCCUUGAAAAGUUCGCCAAGGAGGCCAAGGACAAAAACAGGGAAACCUGGUACCUUUCUUGGGCUUUGGAUACAAAUAUGGAAGAACGAGAUAAAGGCAUUACGGUGGAAUGUGGUCGGGCCUUUUUUGAGACCGAAAACAAGCAUUUUAUCCUUGUUGACGCGCCUGGUCAUAAAUCGUUUGUCCCGAACAUGAUUGCCGCGAGGCGGGGAGAAUUCGAGACUGGAUUUGAAAAGGGUGGGCAGACAAGAGAACAUGCUAUGCUUGUAAAGACGGCUGGUGUAAAGCACCUCAUUAUACUCAUCAACAAGAUGGAUGACCCUACUGUCGGCUGGGACGAGGCGCGACCAUGCUUGCUUCAGUACCUCGAUGAGCUACCGUCUCUGACCAGAUGCGUAGAUGGCCCCGUUCGCAUACCAAUUGUUGAUCGUUAUAGAGACAUGGGAACUUUUGUUUUCGGUAAAAUUGAAUCAGGGGCUGUUUACCGAGGACAAGCACUGACAAUUAUGCCGAACAAAGUUUCCGUGGAGGUUCUGCAGGUCUUCAGUGAUGACAUUGAAGUCGAGGGCAGUCAAGCGGGUGACAACGUCAAAUUAAAGUUGAAGAACAUUGAGGAGGAGGACAUUUCGCCCGGCUUUGUUCUUUGCUCGCCAGACAACCUCUGC